UGCUAGUUCAUUGUUAUUACUUCCAUCACGUCAUACGUAAAGUAACGUGUGUUGAAUUCGGUAUGAAUUGAGUCAUAAAAAUUAAUAAUUCUUAUAAAAAAUGUGGUGUGUGAAGACAUGUGCAGUAUUAUUCUAUUUGACAAGCGUGUUCAACAGUGUACUUAAUUUAAAUGAAGACAGAUCUUACUGGUUGGAUGUAGGAAAAAACGAUAUCAACAGAGCUCUUAACUUAGAAAAAAUUGAAAACCCUUCAAAAAACGUUAUAUUGUUUGUUGGUGAUGGAAUGGGCUUAACAACUACUACAGCAUCAAGAAUUUACUCCAAGUCUGAAAGUGGGUUUUUGUCUUUUGAGCAAUUUCCUCAUAUAGCAACGAUAAAGACUUACAACGCUGACAAAUUGGUUCCCGAUUCAAGCAGUACAGCGACGGCUCUUUUUUCUGGUGUGAAAAACAAUUUGAAAACGUCAGGCGUUGAUUCUAGUGUGAAAUUAAACGACUGUGAAGCCUCACUUAGACCAGAAGCGCGGAUUGACGGCUUAAUGAAAUGGGCACAAGAGGCUGGAAAAUCAACUGGAUUCGUAACAACGACACGCGUCACACAUGCCACCCCCAGUGCACUUUACGCACACACCCCCAACAGAAACUGGGAGUGUGAAAGCAAAAUUCCCGAAAAAUCGAAACAAUGCAAAGACAUUGCGAGACAAUUGGUUGAGGAUGAGCCGGGGAGAAAUAUUAAUGUAGUGAUGGGUGGAGGAAGACAGUGUUUACAAUCGGGGGUUGAAGAUAAACCAGGUGAUCUUGUUGAUAGAUGGGCAUGUUAUAGUUUAGAUGGGCGAGAUUUGAUAAGAGACUGGGAGAUGGACAAAAAGAAAAGAAAUAAAACUUAUGCCACUGUGUUGAAUAGUGAAGAAUUGAAGGCAGUAGACACCAGUAAUGAAUUUGUUUUAGGAAUUUUUGCAAAUGGACACAUGUCAAUGGAUUACGCCCGAGAUAAAUCACCAACUGGAAUGCCUUCACUCACGAACAUGACACAAAAAGCAAUUGAAAUUCUAAGCCAAAACCCAGAAGGAUAUAUUUUGGUAGUAGAAGGUGGUCUUAUCGAUUUUGCCCAUCACAGAGGCAACGCUAGAAAAGCUCUAGACGAGACUGUCUCACUUAGUGAUGCAGUUCAGAUAGCUGUCGAAAAAACGGAUCCACGAGAGACAUUAAUUAUUGUAACUAGUGAUCACUCGCAUUCUUUGGUAUUUACUGGAUAUCCUUCAAGGAACAAAAGUGUAUUAGACAUUGCACAAAAGUCAAAAAUUGACCACAUACCCUACACUUCGUUACUAUAUGGAACUGGAGGUCCAAACAAUUAUCAAUACUCCGUUAUUAACAAUACCAUUUCAAGACAAGAUCCUUCAAUUAACAAUACUUCAGAUUUUGAAUAUUCACAACAAGCUGUAGUUCUAACGGAUGAAGUGACUCAUGGUGGAAGCGAUGUUUUAAUCUAUGCUAAAGGUCCGAUGUCUCAUUUAUUCCACAGUGUACAUGAACAGACGUAUGUUGCUUACGUAAUUAGUUACGCCGCAAAAAUUGGACCAUUUAAAAAUGGAAGUUCAUCCUUUAUCUACAGUAAUUUGUUUUUACUAUCUGUAUUAUUAUUUAUAAUAAAAAGUUGUUAAAUAUAUAUCUUCUGGGUCCG